GCAUAGUCUCCAAACGCCUCAUACUUACCAUCGUCUCUAACGCCCCAUCGUCCGUCACUUUGCAAAUCUUUUUACUCGUCACACGAACAAUCUCACCAUGCCUACCGUGAAGCUUGGAAUCGCUAUGUACAACAUGGACGACGGAAUGGGUGGAACCUUCUUUCACUGGGCAUUCAUCAUCCAUGAAACCGACUUUCGUGCCUCCACCGUCGACACCUUCGACAUCAGCAAUCGCGCUGCGAAUGGUGCAACUACAGGCUGGCAUCGCCGCCACAUGACUACCUGCCUCUUCAAUCCUUCCAACCGUGACUGCGUCGGGGUUAUUGACCUUGGGCAGUUACCAUAUUCCACAACCGCAAUGUGUUCAUUCUUGAAGGACAUAUCGGCGGAGAAGAAGCAAGACGACCCGUAUUACACCGGCGGAUCCUCAUGGACGUGCGCUAGCUGGGUUAUCCGGACCAUGCACGACUUGGAAGAGGCUGGAGCUCUCGAGCUCUCGAUCCCCAUCCAAGAGGUAUACCAGACCGUUCUUCAUCGAGGAGAACAGUUGAAAGUAAUGAGAAAUCAGCUCGGUCUUGACGCGAUUCCCAUCAUCAACCUGUGA